GAACCACCGUCUAGACCAGCAGCACCACAUGCUCACCGACAUCGGCUGGUCCGGAGUACCCUACCUCGGUCCAGUCUCUUCAGUCCUAGGCGAGAAAGGCGAAGGGAAAGCUGUGCUGGACCUGGGCACGGGGAGCGGGAUUUGGGCUAUUGAUCUUGCUCUGAGGUUUCCGGAGGCGAGGGUGCUUGGGGUAGACUUGGCACCAAAGAUGCGACCGACCCCGGAUAACUGUAAGCUCGCGGUGCACGAUAUCAACUCCGGGUUAGCGCACCUGAACGGCCAGUUUGAUUAUGUGCACACCAGACUCAUCUCUUCCGGAAUCCAUGACUACCCCUUAAUGCUCUCCCGCAUCAACACUCUUCUUCGACCCGGUGGUCUGGUCGAGCUUGCCGAAUGGGAUUUCCGGAUCUACGACGCCGACCACCGUCCUGUCCCGCUCGCCCCUCGCGGGGAACCGGGGCACAGCUGGGUCGCAGAGUGGCUCUGGUCCCUUCGGGAGAUGGGGGUGGAGAGAGGGGGACAUAUGGAUGCGGCGACCUUUAUGGGAGAGUGGUUGAGGAGCAGCGGUGUCUGGGAAGACGUGGGCGGAAACGAUACCUGGAUUGCUAUCUCUGCUCCUACGGGAGAUAAUGAAGAGGAAGAAGCAUACAACACUCGCAUGUGGGAACGCAUGAAGGAGGAUGCGAAGGGCUUUGCUGCCGCUGCCCGUCCUGCCAUGGCGAGGAAGAUGGAUCCAGAGAAGCUAGAUGAGCUGAUAUCGGGUCUUGAGCGUGAGGUGGAGAAAGGUACGACGCCGCGGUUUGCGAGGUUACAGGUUGUUUGGGCGAGGAAACCGAUGGUCACCCCUGCUUCGUCAGUAUAGGAAGGGGAAAAAGAGAGAAGCCAGAGUUGAGCGCUGCGAAAGCCUCACUCGCGGAAGUGAAAUAUCUUUGUUCUUAUUUACUGAUAUAUUCUUUGAGCGCCGUUAAUGCGGCGCUAGAUGUCCUUUUACGAGUUGGACACGC